UGUGCUCAACUUUGUCAUCAUUCUGUUUGAGUUGCUCGUCGAGGAAUCAACGAAAAUUCUACUAGAGAAAAGAGGCAGCUUCCUCUUCAUUCAUUAACGAUGGCAUUUACAAGCCCCGUUUUCGCUUUCACGUUGCUGAUUGCAGCGCUAUGUUGCCUCAUGGUGACGACAGCAGAAGAAGAUGUAGCUGUUACACCGGAAAUCCGCGAAUCCAAACAACUUGUCUACGGACCUCAGUUCUAUCCCUCAAACUCGCAAUAUUAUUAUCCUGAAAGCAACCCAUAUGGAAAUCCGUUUGGAGUACCGGUAGAAGGCGUUCCCAACUACCAGGGAGCUAGAAUGUCGUCUGCACCAUUAGAUGAUCCCAGUUCUCCUUCCUGGAGGUUUGUGCAUACCGGAGGUCAUGAUAAAGUGAAAUGGUGGAAGCAUAACUUUCAUAGAGAAGCAACUGUUAUAAUGAACCCGGCUGCAGCAGAAUGCAUUAUCACAGUACCCGCUGAUCCUGCUGUCCCUCAAAUUAUUACUGAUGGUCUUGGUCCUUGCAAAUACGCAACGCAAGCGGAACAAGGAACUAUCACAAUUAGAUUCGCGGCAGCUAAUCAAGCUGCUUUUAUUGCGAUUACAGCUAAUUCCCAAAGGAACACUCGAGUCAAGCUGACAUGCACUAACAUAGCGGGUACCAAUCUCUUUACGCAAACCGGUCGAAUAGCUGCAGUCAUAAAUACUCCUGUAACAGAGAUUGGAUUCAUGCAAAUAAUUGCAGUUUCAACUGCUGCUGCAGCUGCAGGUGCAACCUCAGUGAGCUGCAAUUGGCAUUCGUAUCAUCAUUACACAGGAACAUAUCCUUGAGGAUUGCACAUCCGCAGUCUACAGCCGACCAGUGUGUUGCUUCAGCUCAAUUCCGUUGCUUAAAAUCGUCACUAAUGUGUCAGUGUAUAGACUACAUUUGUCGUAUAUAGAGACGAUCUAUGGUAGUAUUUAUUUCAUUCCCCAAAAAGGUCUGAUUUUAGAUGCCUAUUAAAUAAAUACACAUUUGCAAAAAA